GUGCGUGCGUCCGUCUCCAUGCCACGACUCGCUCUUUCGUUCCAUCUUGUGAACGGCGCAUCGGUGAAGCAGCACCGCGACAGUGUUUACAGUAGGCCUUCAGGGCUUACAGGUUUUCAUCUUUGUUUUUGACAGUGUUCAACUGCGAAGGGCUUGCACAGGGGCUAACGCUCUGCCUGCAGACUGAGCGGGGUCUGAACAGCGCUCGUCUCCUCUCCUCACACAGAUCUCGCGAGAGCGGUGGCGUGGCUGCUUGGCAGUAGGCUUGCAGUAAGACAGAGGGAGAAGGCAGGCAGCAGCAUCAUGGCGGACAGAGACAGUGGAAGCGAGCAGGGAGGAGCAGCCACGGGCCCGGGUGUCGGUUCCAUGCACCCAGUGACAGGAGGGGCGGGCUCGGCUUCCGGGCUGCAGCACGAGACGCAGGAGCUUGCCUCGAAGCGGGUUGACAUCCAGAACAAGCGCUUCUAUCUAGACGUAAAGCAGAACGCGAAAGGCCGCUUCUUGAAGAUAGCAGAAGUCGGGGCCGGGGGAAACAAGAGCCGCCUCACGCUCUCCAUGUCUGUGGCUGUCGAGUUCCGCGACUAUCUGGGGGACUUCAUCGAGCACUAUGCCCAGUUAGGGCCGAGCAAUCCGGACAUAGCGCAGGACGAGCCGCGGCGGGCGCUGAAGAGUGAGUUUCUGGUGCGGGAGAAUCGGAAGUACUACAUGGAUCUGAAGGAGAACCAGAGGGGCCGCUUUCUGAGGAUCCGGCAGACCGUCAACCGGGGGCCCGGCUUGGGAUCCACGCAAGGCCAGACCAUCGCUCUUCCAGCCCAGGGACUUAUCGAGUUUCGCGACGCGCUCGCCAAACUCAUCGACGACUACGGAGUGGAGGACGAGCCGGCGGAGCUGCCCGAGGGAACCUCUUUAACUGUGGACAACAAGCGCUUUUUCUUUGACGUGGGCUCCAAUAAGUACGGGGUGUUCAUGAGGGUAAGCGAAGUCAAGCCCACCUAUCGCAACUCUAUUACAGUGCCCUACAAAGUGUGGUCGAAAUUCGGCAGCACUUUCUGUAAAUACGCAGACGAAAUGAAAAAGAUUCAAGAGAAACAGCGGGAAAAAAGGGCAUGCGAGCUUCAGCAGCAGCAGCAGCAACAAGAGGAGAUGCACGGAGACGAGGGGGACGAGGAUUGAUAGUGGAGAGAACCAUGCAAAAAAUAAUCCGAAUAACCUAAAGAGAAAUUAUACGUACUUUGCUGUAAAAAAUAAAAAAAAAAUAAAAGAGAGAGAGAGAGAGAGAGAUACAUAAAAGAUAAGUAACUGUUUUAACUCCAAGGGAGCACUACCCACAAAAAAUACAAACCUCCACAGACUGACAGUCCACCCAUCGCUGGAUGUCAUCCACUUACCCACCAUUAAUACAGUAAGCGGCUGCUAAACCAAGUAAUAACAUUAUAUAUGAACUGUGUUUCCUACUUGACGACAACAGAACUGAGUGUUUCUUUUUCCCUUAUUAACCGAGAACUUUUUUACACGUUCCAAGAUAUUAUAAAAAGUGUUUGCAAUGGAGUUAUUGCCGAGAUUACGAGGAAGCGGUUCCUUUACGUGUGAGCUAAUGACUUCAGCACAAAUCAGAUGUUUUAGUUUUUUUAACCAAAUUUUCGAAUCAUCUGAAGAGGUUGUCAUGGCAGCCAUGCCACUAGAUAUUCCAAGCAUCACCUGAGGGCUAGAUAGGAACCCUGAUGGGAGGGAAAAAUAUCAACCUGUUGAUUGACAGAGGUACAGGGGUCAGCAGAGCGAGUGGUCGCUGUGUGCAAGCAUCCAGAGGCGGUGGGCGACCUCUUCGCAAACAUUCUGAGGAGUAUUACCAGUGUAUUUUUUUAAUUGAAGUUCUUGUCAUGCAGAUGAUAUGCUAUGUAUUUGUGUCUCGUUGUCAUGCACAGUGUAUUAAAAAAAAAAAGGUACUUAAUAAGUAAGAGCAAUGACAACAGAAGAGAAAGAGCUCUCGAAAACCUUUUUGUAACUAAACCGGACCCCUCGAUACAAACAUACAAAGAAACGUAUGAAAACGCUCAUAUAGAAAAACAUACAAAGUAUGAUUUUGUGAAUCAGAUGUAUUUCAGUGGAGAAGAAAACAACCCACGUUUUUAGUGGGGGAUUUGACAAACAAUCUGUUAAAGGGUUUAAAAACAAAUAUAUAGAAAUAUAUAUAUAUAUAUUAUCAGUCUACCAAUGAGAGGAUGAGUGGCGCCAAGGAAUGCUGUAGUUGCAUGUUAACCAGUACACAGCCACAUUGAGGUGGAUUUCUCAAUGUUCGUCCUCAAGGACUCAUCUCUGUAAUGGUUUCAAUGUCCAUAACGUCAGUAAUGUUUGGUCAGGUAGUUGAAUUAAUACUUGUUUUUUUCUUUUAAGGAACGAGUUGUCCGAUAAGUACGUGUACAUACUAAGAUAAUAUAUCAACUCAUUUGACUGUUUGAUCAGACAUCAAUGACAAGUCUUUUGAAACGAAAGCCCUUUUUCCAUGGGGGCCCUUGAGGACCUGUGUUGGGAGACCCUGACUUUAAUGAAACUUGUUGGGGAGCAUACUCUUCAGCAUUAAACAACCUGGUGCCUUACAGACUCCGCAUGCUUAUACACUGGCUGGUGCUUUGGAUCUAAGUUUGGGUUCUUGUUCAUUUUUUUUUUUCUUUUCCCCUUUCCUUUUCUCGUCUGGUUUUGUUUGGCCCUGGCCCUCCCGUAUGCUAUUGCAUAACUCGUGGUCUGUUCGGUCCAAAAGCAAAUCAUUCUGAUCACAACGAGUGACUCAGAAAUCACCUAGGCAUUUUUCCUCACCUUGACGAAAAUGUAUUAGAUGCUACAUGCCAGACAAAAGGAUGUUUAGUGCUUCUACACAAACUCCUUUGGUGUGAGGUAAACUUCCGUACUGAAGCCUCUCUGUAGUUUGGCAGUAGUGUGCCACUGUCACAGACCAAAAGCUUAGUCGAGGGGUGUGGCCAGGAUUUUUUUUCGCCCUUUCCUCUAACUUUUCAGUGUUGCUUCACGUAAUUUGUCAUUUUGGAAACUUUGCUUCACAAAGUUUGAUUUUUUCUUUCUCUUCCCAGUGCUAUAUUUCAUUACUGUGUGCAAUAUUGAACGUGCCAAUGUUGGCAAUAUAUGUAUAUCAAUUAAAUAUAUGAUUAAUAUUUGAAAAGCAUGUGGCUGAAUUCCACGUUUAUUUCUUUAAAAGGUCUUUAUUUCUUAAAAGCCUUUAUCUGCACUUAAAAAAAGGUCUGUAUCUGGAAAAGAAACCAAUUGUAAUGAACAAGUUUCACCCAGGUGAAGCGAACACAUAGCAGUUAUCUAUCCUGUCUGCACUUUUUGUGAAUGUUCAUGUCAUAAACGCGCCCGUUUCGUCUCUGUUCCUCUUGACGUGGGAGGGCUGGGGGUUACUGGAAUGAAACAACGGGGGGGUGAAGGCCUUUGGGUAAGGGGCAAUGAAUAUGUAUCCUUAAUUUCCCAACAAAUACAUACAUGGGAUGAUUCUAAUGAUGAAGGUGUGUGAUGACCUCUUCUCUCUUCAGUAGCACAUUGCUUUCCCAGCUGGAGAAAAAUGUCUGACCAAUGUUUGUUUGAAAAUUAUCUCAACAAGGAAUGCCUUGUGCCGUUAUUAUAAUUUUUUUCUUUAUCUCUUAACUUAUGUUCCUUCCCUUUGCAAAGAAGUUCACUGAAUUACUCAUUCGGCGGUUAUGCGUCAAAUAUAAUUUAUGUACAUUUUACAAAUUAAAAAAAAUAAAAGGAAAUGUUAAUUUACCCACCUCUCACGAAAAGAAUGUUCAAUAUCAGUGUUUCUGUGUUUCUUUUUCUCGUGUGCAACGGUUCAGGUAAUGGUUGAUGUUGUGGCUCUGACUUCAAUGAAGUUUUCUCUGUGUACACAGAGUUGAUGUAGCGCUUUUGAAGGAACAGAAUUAUGACCUGAAGCAUGCAGACUAACUGAUCUGUAAUAACACAUGUCAUAAUGUCAUUUUGAUGCAAUUUCCUUUUCCUGUAUGGGUACUGUUGAUUGGUUCCAGUGGUUAACCAAUGUAAUAAUGUGCACUAACAAUACCACUACAUUUUCUAAGGAAUGUGUAAUCGUAUCAAGUCUUUUAUCACCUUAUACUUUUCAGAACAGAACUGUUAAGAAUAUGAGAUAAUAUACUACAGUAUGACUGAAGGGGUCUUUCUCAGAAUAACCAUAAUAACAUUCAUUUUUUUUUUUUUUUAAUUGAUACUGUUUGAGCUGCAGUUCAACGGCCAUUCUGUUGAAUGUAUCAUGAAAAAUCAUAUACAUUUGUCAAUUCAAGAAUGAGUCUUAUUUUAUGUCUUAAUUGUGCCUUAUACUAAAUCUUCAUACAUGUUCACAAAAUAUUGCUGCCUUGAUUUUCGGGAUUUCAUUUGAACUGGAUCUCUUGCUCUCUUCAUAUGUCAUAUUUUGUAAAAAAAAAAAAAAAGAAAAAGAAGGCUGAUCUCUGUUUGGUAUAACAGAUUUCUGAUGUUCUUGCUGCAAAACAAACCAAUGAUUUAGUUUUAUUUAUAUUUCAUUAUUAUUAUUAUUAAAUAGCAUGUAUUGUGCUGCAGCAACGUCUUUUAAAACCAUUGACUUAAAACAUGCCCCAGUGUAGUUUGGUUACUAUGAAAUAGUAAUUGGUUAAUUAUUAUGAAACAGAGCUGCUUAUAUGGUUAUGCUACAUAGGUUUAAGGGCAUUAAAUUCAGUUUUUAAUGACAAUACUGAAUGAUGAACACAUUUUCAUUGUCCAUGUGAUGAAAUGGAAUUUGAGUUAGUUUUACAUGGAGGCCUGCAUUUACCAUAAAUGAUGAUUCUAAAAUGUUAAAUUUAAAGAAAAUUACUUUUUUUAAAUCAGAUCUCAUUGCAUUCUCCUACAUUAAGUAAGUUGCAAUGUCAAGAACAUGUUACAAAUAUAGAAAACAACUGCUUUUGUUGAUUAAAAAAAAAAAAUCUUAUGUGAGAAUCAUCACUAAUCAUGACAGGUCUGGAUGGGCAAAUCAAAUAUAAAAAAAUACAACUUGCAAAUGGCAAAAUGCAAUUAUGGGGCACUUUAUAUGAUCACAGCCCAGCAGUAAAUGAAGAAAAAGACAUGCUAAUUAACUUAUUCAAAAUUCUAGACAUUAUAGCCAAAUUUAUUUCAUAUUCUCAGGGCAUUGUGACAAUGAUACAUAAAAAGUUGGAUCACAAAAACUUCACAGAUAUAGCCUCAAUGCUUGCUUGCCAUCUUCACCAGCAGAUUUGUUAUGAGAGAUUUGUUUUUCCAUUUAGGUGAAGACAAUUAAGCAAACAGAUGAAGACUGGAUUGAAAAAAGUGAAGCUUGCAAAAAUGUAUAAUUGCUGUAUUACUCUAUUACAGCAUUUAAAAUGAUUUUUUAUGACUUUCUAACCAAUAGGUGGUGCUUUUAUCAACCGAUAAUGUACAAUCAAGGCAUGAUGGCAAUGACCUAAAGCAACGAUGCAUCCCAAUUCACCUACUUAAACAAUGCACUAAAUGUAUAUAUGUACUUUUUUCUCUUUGGAAAGGUACAUACUUUUAAUGUACUGCAAAAGUAUGCAGGUAAUAGGAUGUCAUAUAAUUGUCUUGAUGCCACAUACUUAUUUGUUUAAUGCAUCCUGUCACUAUAAACUGGUCUGUCACUCAUCCUGUUACAGUUAACAUCCUGACAUUUCUAUUUUAUACCCUUCAUUUAUUAUUCAUCAUUGCAUUUCAUUUUUCCUACUCUACAAUGCUUUCUACCAUACUGGAUAAUCUAGACAAGAAACAGCAACACAUUACUUAAGAUCUAACAGCAAAGCUGUCAUGACAUGUCUUUAUUUAUUGUUUUAAUCCUGGAUUCCCAUACUGUCAGACUGAUAUAACAGUAGGCAACUCAUCUUGUUUCUUUUUGGAGAAUGUAACACAGUAUAGCUAUUUGGUAAUACAAAAUAAAAAUAGGCAAUUUUCCCAUUUUUAAUAUGAGUUGCACACUUUUUCUUUAAGAUUUCCAAGGAACACGUACACAUUGAGAUGUGCAUUAAGCUCCCAGUUAAGAUUAUUAAUCAUUCAAACCCUUUAUUAGCAUUUCUGUUCCCUCUGAAAAAGGAGCAGCUGGGAUUCACCACUUAAUGAACCAAUCAGUGUCUUCCUCUGACCUUGAAAGAACAAAGUAGAUUUCUUUUUUAUAGCACUGAUCCAUUAAAGGUGAAAUGUGUGAUUUCUGCACCACUUGCGACAACGAAUGGAACU